AUGACCAUGACUACGAUGGCUGACGGUCUGGAGGCUCAGGACUCGUCCAAGUCUGCUUUCAUGGAGUUUGGGCAGCAGUCGCACUCACAGCAGAGCUCCCCGUCGAUGGCCAGCGGCCACUACCCGCUGCACUGUCUCCACUCCGGCUCACACGCUCACCACCAGCACGACAACACCGCGUACACCGGGACCAACACCUACAACAGGUCGUUACCCUACCCCUAUGUGAGCCACGCGCACCACAGCCCGUACCUGCCAUCCUAUCACAACAACACGGGAGGACAGACAAGGUUAGACGGCACAGAGCAGCAGAAAACGACGGUGAUUGAAAAUGGGGAAAUUCGUUUUAAUGGGAAAGGAAAGAAGAUUCGCAAACCUCGGACAAUUUAUUCGAGUUUGCAGCUUCAAGCUCUGAACCACCGGUUCCAGCAAACACAGUACCUCGCGCUACCGGAGCGCGCCGAGCUGGCUGCCUCUUUAGGACUGACACAGACCCAGGUGAAGAUUUGGUUCCAGAAUAAGAGGUCAAAGUUCAAGAAACUGCUCAAGCAAGGCGGCAAUCCGCACGAGAGCGACCUAUGCCGGGCUUCCAUGUCCCUCUCCCCGCGCUCCCCGACCAUCCCUCCGAUAUGGGACGUCUCGGCCUCUUCCAAAGGAGUAAACAUGCCGGCCAACAGCUACAUGCCCGGCUACUCCCACUGGUAUUCCUCCCCACAUCAAGAUGCAAUGCAGAGAUAGGCUGAUGCGACAGGAAGGUCAGCGAGCUGUCUGGAGGCCUCCGGAUCUCCGCCGUGCAGCUUCCAACGUAGCCUACAAUUUGUGUCAGCGCAGAGACUCGAUGCUGGAGAGGAGAAAGAGCCCUCGGCUGCUCCUCGGCGGAAGGAUAAAAAACGCAGCCAAGCCUCGGUGUGAUGACACAAACAAGGGAACUAACCAUUUUCAAGCGUACAUGGCUGUUCAGUGGGCUCGCAUAUUUGUUAUGCUUUCAUUCAUGUCACAUCUGAACGUCAAUAUACCAAAUAUUACCAGUGACAUUUCCGCCACUUUGGGCAAAGACUGCUUACACUCUCCAUGCGCUGUGGCGCCCAGAGCCUUCCGCCAUGGUGGACUCCUGACUGCUUUUUUUUGGGUUGUUUCUCCAACAUGCAAAACCAAGCAAACUGUCUGUCUGUAAAUAUAAUCUGCGAUUUUGAGUUGUACAUACACUUUUUAUGUUUUUG